AUGUCGCCUCCGGACGCUAUGGGAGUCUUCGCCGUCUGGGAGUGCUAUUGGGAUCACCGCCGCCGCCGAGUGUUGCUGUCACCGCCACCACGACAACUGCCUUCCGAUGCGCCCUCGACCUCGGGAUUCCUCGCGGCGGCUGGAAGUGCUGCUCGGUCCACCUCAUCGAUGUCGCCAUUACUCCAUUCCCAAGUUUGUUCCGCGGGCGGAGCGCCGAUUUUGAUGUCGCACUGA